GAUGCCGCCGGUAAGACCACCAUCCUCUACAAGCUGAAGUUGGGCGAGAUCGUCACCACCAUCCCCACCAUCG